AUGCCGGAGGAAGGUGUGGAGCUGUCACCGCCUGCCCGCCUACUCACGACCCCGGAAAUUGUGUAUCUUUCAUCCCUGUUCGUGUCCCAGGGCGUGACGAAGAUCCGGUUGACAGGAGGCGAACCCACAGUUCGCAAGGACAUUGUACCGUUGAUGAGGGAGAUUGGCGAGCUGCGACGGCACGGACUACAGGAGCUGUGCCUGACCACUAAUGGCAUCUCGCUUCAUCCAAAACUCGACCCCAUGGUUGAGGCCGGGCUAACCGGGGUCAACCUCAGCCUCGCCACGCUAUAUCCGUUCCAGUUCCAGAUUAUGACGCGGCGCAAAGGAUUUGAGGCAGUCAUGAAGAGCAUCGAUAAGAUUUUGGCACUGAACGAAGCCGGUGCGGGGAUCAAGCUGAAGAUCAACUGUGUUGUGAUGCGUGGGAUGAAUGAUCGUGAGAUCCUCCCGUUUGUGGAACUAGGCCGUGAGAACCCCAUUGAAGUGCGGUUUAUUGAGUACAUGCCCUUUGACGGGAACAGGUGGAACCAGAAGAAGAUGUUUUCGUAUAAGGAGAUGCUGGCCGUGAUCCGGGAGAAGUAUCCCUCACUCGAGAAGGUCACCGGUCACAAGAACGAUACUAGCAAGACAUACCAGGCUCCAGGCUUCGAAGGUCGUGUGGGGUUUAUCACUAGUAUGACACACAACUUCUGUGGCUCCUGUAACCGGCUGCGCAUCACUAAGUAA